AUGCCAGGUUUUCCACGCUUGGGUGCUCCAGGCCCGUACACCGAACCUACACUACCAACUCACGGACUCUUUCUCCAAUCACAGGGUCUUCCCGAUGGAUUAAUCAGCACACAUGAACGUUAUGGUACUAUUCAUGAUAACAUCUAUACGCACCGUGGAGGCCGUCCGUGCAAAUUCAAGACUCCAAUCUACAAAGACACCAACACGCCCUGGCCUCGGAAGGAAUCAUUUCAAUUUUCACACCAAAAUGAUUUUCAGGAGGAUGACCCAGACAUGAAAGCAUCGCUCAGAGUUUUCUACAUGGCGUUAGCAUGGCCUUCGGAUCUAGCUUUUGCCGGCUCCAAGUCACGAUUCAAGCGAAAACCCUUCGAGAAGCACGCUACCUUCAUGAUCAGUUGUACUAUUGAGCCGUUUGACUUACAUCCGCGGUGGUCAUCCACAGCAAUGUACGUCUCUGAUGACACGCGACUCCGUCCGUUCUACGGCCCACCAGAAAUCAAAGCUGAUCCAGCAAUCAAAGGGUACCUGGAGCAACACAGAGGUAUGGGCGCCCUUCUGGCUUCGCAUUAUGCCAACAUUCUCGCCCGUGACCCUAUCGCUCUGACAAAGAACGAACUCAAAUCCUACGAAAGCCUUGAUGUCUUCGAGAACCUCUACUCUGCAGUCUGGCCACAUGUCGAUUUUAAACUACCCUCUAAGAAUGGUGAGGCAGGAUGGCGGGCAGAAUUCCGUCUCCUGGAAGUACCAUUGACCGAUUUUGAGAACGCGGCUUUUGCGGUGUUCGUUGCCCUCCUCACUCGCGCUAUACUGCAUUAUGACCUCAACUUUUACAUUCCAAUAGACAGGGUGGCGGAGAAUAUGCAGAGAGCGCACACGCGCAACGCAGUUCGCGAGCAAAGAAUCGCGAGCAAAGAUUCUUCUUCCGUGAAAAGGUCGAGCGAACGAAAAUCGGAAGAUGCGGAAUCAGAAAGAUCCAGGAGAAGAAUAUACCCUCAAACUUGCAGAAUCCAAACGCUCAAUCCUGCUCCUGCUCGUGCAAUCCUACAUCGCUGA